CGGAUCCGAUUUGGCGGCCAUUUGCUUCUGAGAGAAAAUCUUAAUUGUUAAUUUUUCUCAAAUUAUCUUUGUUUUGAUUGUGACUUAUUUUUCUUUAAUUAAUUAACUUACUUUAUUUGAUUAUUGUGUGUGACUGUCGUCUGAUUAAUAAUUUACUAGUAAAACCAGUUGUCAUAAGGUAAUAAUUGUGUUGAUUUCUAUAUUCUAAAGAGAGAAAGAAAGUUUAGUAAGAAAGAGAGAAAGUGAUAGAAAGUGUGUAAGGUCUACAAUUGAAAAUUUUCCAUUCAACUUUAAUCUAAUACAAACAUAAACUAACAAAAAACAUGGCUGAAAACGAGAACGAGCUUUUGGAUUAUGAAGAAGAAGAAGAACAAACCUCUGGAGUAGUUGCUGAUAACAAUAAUCUUCAAGCUAAUAACAAUGCGGUGGAACCCAAGAAAGGUGGUUACGUAUCCAUUCAUUCCUCUGGUUUCCGUGAUUUCCUAUUAAAACCUGAGCUCCUUCGAGCUAUCAUUGAUUGCGGUUUUGAACAUCCAAGUGAAGUUCAACAUGAAUGUAUACCUCAAGCCAUCCUCGGAAUGGACAUCCUGUGUCAAGCUAAAUCUGGUAUGGGUAAAACGGCUGUCUUUGUAUUGGCUACCUUGCAGCAACUUGACCCUAUCGAUGGACAGGUUUCAGUCUUGGUCAUGUGUCAUACCAGAGAGUUAGCUUUCCAGAUCUCCAAGGAAUACGAGCGAUUUUCCAAGUACAUGCCAAAUAUCAAGGUCUCGGUCUUUUUUGGUGGAAUGAAUAUAUCCAGUGACGAGAAAACAUUGAAGAAUAAUACACCUCACAUUGUUGUUGGAACUCCAGGACGUAUUUUGGCAUUGGUCAGAUCUAAAAAAUUGAAUCUCAAGCAUCUUAAACAUUUCAUUCUAGAUGAGUGUGACAAAAUGCUUGAACAACUUGAUAUGAGGAAAGACGUCCAAGAAAUAUUUAAAGCUACACCUCACGAGAAACAAGUUAUGAUGUUCAGCGCUACUUUGUCUAAGGAAAUUAGACCAGUUUGCAAAAAAUUCAUGCAAGAUCCUCUUGAAGUUUAUGUUGACGAUGAAGCCAAGUUGACAUUACAUGGAUUACAACAAUACUACGUUAAACUAAAGGACACUGAGAAAAACAGAAAACUAUUUGAACUUUUAGAUGUUCUCGAAUUUAAUCAAGUUGUCAUUUUUGUAAAGAGCGUUCAAAGAUGCAUAGCAUUGGCUCAAUUAUCAGUAGAACAAAAUUUCCCUGCCAUCGCUAUUCACAGAGCUAUGACUCAAGAGGAAAGAUUAUCACGUUAUCAACAAUUUAAAGAUUUCCACAAGCGUAUCCUGGUAGCUACAAAUCUUUUUGGUCGCGGUAUGGACAUUGAAAGAGUAAACAUCGUUUUCAACUAUGAUAUGCCAGAAGAUAGUGACACUUAUCUCCAUCGAGUAGCUCGUGCUGGUAGAUUUGGUACUAAAGGUCUUGCUAUUACUUUUGUUAGCGAUGAAACUGAUGCCAAAGUAUUGAAUGAAGUUCAAGAUCGUUUUGAUGUUAACAUACCUGAGUUACCUGAGGAAAUUGAUAUUUCUAGUUACAUCGAAGGACGUUAAUCUAAGGCUUGCUUAAUUUGGACUAUCAUCAACUCACAAGAAAAAUCACCAACACACCAAAAGGAAAGAUAACAAUGGAAAUAAUUUUCUUUUUCGUAUUUUCAACAUUGUUUUUUUCUCAACAAACUAACACACAAAACGAAACAUUUUCUCACCAAAAAAAAAGAAAUCAUCCCUUAGUCCAAACAGUUAAUAAAUCCCCCUCAACCUUAACAGAAACUUCUUCACCAAAUGAUUAAUAAUGAUUAUUCUCUUGAUAUGUUUGGGUAAUCAUUAAACAGGCCGAGUUUAACUGAUCAAUUAGCUCUCGUGUUUAAAUCUUCAUGAAUACAAACCAACAUCAAAUCACAUUCAACUUUUUUUUUCAUACAAUCCUAUUUAUCCUCACAUUUGGAAAAUUAUAAACCAAACAUUACGAAAAAAAGAUCACUAGAUAUUUCAUUUUUUAAAACAA